AUGGGUGCUAUCUUAGGUAAAUCAAAGUCAUCAUCAUCAUCAACAACAGGAACAACCGUGAGUAAAGUUAAUGGACACAAGAAAGAAACUCUUGACAUAUAUACUCAUCAAAAUGGUAAAACAGGAACAUUAGAAAAGAAAAACCAGAAAAAAGAACAUAUUAAAAAGAAGAAAUCAACCGAUGAAAUGAUCGAUAAAUGUACAGGCACAGAUGGCGAAGUCAUAUCAUCAUCAGCAUACAUUAGAAGACUAGUUACUGCUAAUGGUUGUUAUAUAUCCAAUGAUUCUCUCAAUGGUCAAGGUACUUCACGUCGGCAAUCGGACACACCGAGCAAAGAUGUUUUAGAACUUCGAGAUGCUUGCAUUCGUCGGGGAAUAAUUACACCAGAAACGAGUAUUGCUACCCUACCAACAGCAGCUGAACAAGGAUAUGAAGUAAAUAUUGUCGAAGAAUCAAUCAAUGAUACACCAACAACAAAUGUUGCGAAUGAUGAAGAGCAAGUUGAAUCACAAACAACUAGUGAAUGGUAA